GCUAUGGUGAAGUGAUGAUGAUUACAAGAUAAUCUAUCGGCAUUCGGCUAAUCCUUCCUCAGAAAAAGUCCAAAAUUAUCUAUUUAGUAUUAAUUUUCAAUAUAUCCCCACCAUAAUGCGGCAUUGCAUUGAAAGAAUCGCCUAUUGAAAGUCAAUAUAAGGAGGUUAAUUGGAGAACAAGAAUCAAUCAUUUUCGUUCUUGCAAUGGCUAGGCUCAGUUCUUGCAUAGGUUAUUUCUUUGUCUUUGUAAUACUCCAAUCUUUCAGGGCAUCUGCUAGUAGUUCAGCACGGAAGACUGCUUCUGGUGCCUUGUUUAUCUUUGGUGAUUCUUCUGUUGAUGUUGGCAACAAUAAUUACAUCACCACCAUCCCUGAAAACCAAGCUGAUGUGAAGCCUUAUGGCCAGAAUGGCUUCUUUGAAGGACCCACCGGACGCUUCUCCGACGGCCGUGUCAUAGUUGAUUAUAUCGCUGACUAUGCAAACUUGCCAUUAAUUCCUCCAUUUUUACAACCUUCUGCUGAUCACACACAUGGUGCUAACUUUGCCUCCGCCGGUGGUGGUGUUCUCCCCGAGACUAAUCAAGGGUUGGUAAUAGAUCUUCCAACGCAGCUAAAAAAUUUUGAAGAAGUGCAGAAAUCAUUAACAGAAAAGCUAGGAGAAGCACAAGCCACAGAACUCAUAUCAGAAGCAGUUUAUUUCAUCAGCAUAGGAAGUAAUGAUUACUUGGGUGGUUAUUUGGGUAAUCCAAAAAUGCAAGAAACUUACAUCCCUGAAGUCUACGUUGGGAUGGUCAUUGGUAAUUUGACCAAUGCAAUACAGGCCUUGUAUGAGAGGGGGGCUAGAAAAUUUGCCUUUCUAAGCCUGUGUCCUCUAGGUUGCCUGCCAGUUUUGAGAGCAAUGAACCCCAAAGCCAGUGAAAGUGGCUGCUUUGAGGCAGGUUCUUCCCUAGCAUUGGCACAUAACAAUGCCUUGAAAGCUAUCCUGACAAGCCUUGAAUAUAUAUUGAAAGGGUUCAAGUACUGCAACUCCAAUUUCUACAACUGGCUUGAUGACAGGAUAAAGAAUCCCUCCAAGUAUGGUUUCAAAGAUGGAGUGAAUGCUUGUUGUGGAAGCGGACCUUAUGGGGGUCUCUUAACCUGCGGAGGCAACAAGAAAGUUACAGAAUUCCAGUUAUGCAAUAAUGCUGACGAGCAUGUUUGGUGGGAUUCUUUCCAUCCAACGGAGAGGAUCCAUGAACAAUUUGCAAAAGCUCUGUGGAAUGGAUCCCCAUUCUCUGUAGGACCUUACAAUCUAGAGGAUCUCUUCUUCAACAAGGAAAAGCUAACCAUUGCUGAUAUAGUUGAUGCACCUGAUGGUGAGCACUUCCAAUAAGGAGAGUUUGGGAAGAUCAUGCAUGUCCUGAAUAAUUAAGAAGUCUGUCUUUUCAACAUGUGAGAUAUGCAAUGAUCAGUAUUAGCCUUCCUAAUUCCUAAAUUUUGCAAGCACUCGAAUGCUUGUUAUGAAAAAUUUUUGCUUAAAUUUGAUCCAUCAUAGAUC